UCUCCCAUUCCCCCACUUUCAAGGGCAUACGAAAGCCUUGUCAAGGCUGAGAAGUUAAUUCCUGAAGCCCGUGGUCUGCAGGUGUUGGCAGUAAUGCUACCUCCCUUUUUCUACCCCGAGUCAGAUAGACACAAACAUGGGGACUGUGUCUUGCUAGCAAUCUUAUCAACAAGGUCUUGUUGUGACCCGUCUAGAACACUCACAAGAAACACAGAACUAAAUGUUUUGGUUGGCAGCGAUUAUGUGAAACCUGUUUAUUCUUAGAAUGGCCUGACCCAUAAGAGUCUGGAUAUAAAAGAUCACGUACAGCAACAAUAAAGCCGUCACUUGGGCCCAUCAGCCCAGGGGACCCUCCUGUUCCCAAACUUCCUUCUCUCUCUUUUUUCUUGCAUUCCCCUACCCUCAGGACUUUGACCUCGGUGUUUGUUGCGCCGGUCGCGACAGGUGUGGUCUGAUGCGCGGGCCUCUGGUGGCCAAUGACGUGAGCAGCUUUUCAGUGCUUGCUGCCCGUUUGUACGUUUUCCUUAGAGAAAUGUCUAAUGGAGCCUUUGCCAUCGCCCGAGUCGUAAGAAAGAAACCACGAGAGGUGUUGCCGGCUGGAGGCGGAGGCCGUGGGCUGCCACAUGGCCCCUGGCUUGCUCCACUCUGGGCGGGCAGAGGGGCCCCACGGGGUGUGUGCCGCCUGGGGCGUUUCCGGGAGCAUCGGCCAGCCUCCCUAGGCCACAGUUUCACUUUUGGGUCUGUGCACUUGCUCAGAAGCUUCCCGGCACAGCCCUGGUCUGCAGGGAGGCCUUGCUUCACGUCGUGGGCCCAGAGCCUGGGGUGACGGUCACGCCCUGAUCGCAGAACGCCUGAGCCAUCUGUACCCCUCGGGAGCAUGACGUCCACCUUCGAAAGGGUGGUCAAGAGCGUGGUCCGGGAGCUGGACCCCAAAGGAGACCUCAUCCCCGUGGACAGCCUGCGGAGCUCCAUCAGCUUCCGGCCCUACUGCCUGCUGGGCAGGAAGCUGUCCAGCUCAUGGUUCUGGAAACCCCGCUACAAGUGUCUCAACCUGUCCAUCAGGGACAUUCUGGAGCCUGAUGCCCCAGAACCAGCUGUGGAACGCGUCGCCUCUUUCCACAUCGAAGACCUCGUGGACGGGAUGGUGGAGGGCAACGUGGAGGUGAAAGCGCUGGGACAGGGCAAGUUUGUGAGCGGGGCAGCGGUGUCGGCCACAGCCAGCACCUCCGUGAACGUGUGCAUGCUGAAAGUGCCCCUCAACACCUGGGGGGCCAUGAAAAAAGAAAGGCGCCUGCGGCAGCCGGAGCACAAGAUCCUGCAGCAGCUGCGGAGCUGCGGGAACGACGUGUUCGUGGUGACGGAGGUGCUGCAGACGCAGGAGGAGGUGGAGGUCACCCGGGCCCAGAAGCAGGAGGGCUGUGGCCAAUUCGCCCUGCCCGGAGCCCUACGCCUGCAGGGCAAGGGCCAGGGCCACCUGAACCGGAAGAAGACAGUCACCAUCCCCUCAGGCAGCGUCCUUGCAUUCCAGACGGCCCUGCUGGUUAUUGGCCCUGACUGGGAGAUCCACCACCUCCGGCACAAGGACGAGAGGACCUUCAGGCUGCCCCAGACAGGCCACAAGCCUACAAGCAGCACAGGUCUCCUGUCACAGAUACCUCUCAGCUUCUUCAAGAUGAGGUUCCCAUCUACACCCGUGGACAUGGUGUCGGAUGGGGACAUUGAGGACCAGAUGCCAGUCACUGAAGACUUUCAGGGCCUGAAGGUAGAGGUUAGUGUCCACGCCGACGGCCUGAAGGGCUUGUCCGGGGAACUGUGCGGGCAGAUCCUGGCAGGCCUGAUGAAGGUGUUGCGGGAAGAGCCGGCCUUGGAGAGCCUCCAGGAGGAGCUGGAACAGGGCCUGUGCUGUGGGUGGGUGGCGUCCCCCGAUGCCCCGGGGGGUGCCAUCCUGGAGUGCCUGGUGCAGUCCUCUGGAAAGGUAGAGGAAGAACUCGCCCGCCCCAUCCUCUACCUCGUACAAGCACUGACUGAGCUGAACGAAACCCAGCGUGUACUGCUCGCGGAGGCGCUGGAGACAGGGGACCUGUCCGGGCAGUCCAGGCUGGUGCAGAGCGUCCUGGAGCAGAGCUCCCCCUGGAAGGAGCACAGGGCUGUGUCCCUGCCGCAGGAGCUCCUGGGGAGCAGCUGGGACUCAGAGGCACCUGCCUGGGUCCUGCUGGAGGAGUGCGGCCUGGAGCUGCGGGUGGACGUCCCCCAGGUGCACUGGCAGCCGGACGCGCAGGGCCGCACGAGCGCCCUCUACGCCUGCCUGGUGCUGCUGCCGCAUCUGAGCCAGGACCGCGCUUAGGGCCGAGCCUGGCUCUCCCCGCCCGGGCGCCUGGGCAGCCCUCCGGGCAGGCGGGGCGGGGCUCCUGCCCAGCUGGCAGCCAGCCCCGGGAAGGCGAGAGCCCGACCGGCCACGUGGCCGGUUCAGCGUGGGGCCAGGAGUUGGGGGAAGUCAAUAAAUGUGAUGUGUAAAGGAAA